UAAAAACCAUCCCUCUCCCAAACCCUUCAAUAUAACGCCAAUUAAUAGGGAUUAAUUCCAACACCUUCACAUCAACCUUCCCUUGCUUUCUCUCUCUAUUCGUGUUUUUGUUUCCCACAAUCAAAUUCGCUCACACACAAGAAAAAUGGGUUGUGGGAAAUCUAAACACGAUGUAGCUUCUGGAAACACCGUUCUCCAACGCAAGAAAUCCACUGUCAAUUCCAAGGACAAUGAGACUCAAAACGUGGAGAAAAACAAUGAUGCUAAUGUUGACAAUGUACGUUUCGAAGUGGAAGAGAAGAACAAGGAAAAUGUCAAGGAGAUUGAAGUUGAAGGCAAGGGUGAUUACGAGUCCAAUGAUGUUGCUGGGAAUAUAACAAAGGUGCAGCAAGAAGAUAAGGCAUUGGAGACUAGUGCACAAGCUGAAGCUGAAGAGAACAAGGCACCGGAAAUUGUUGUUGCUGAAGGACCAAAUGAAGAGUCUGAACGUGGAAAAGACGAAUCAUUAUUGGGAAAAAAUGAACAGGAAAAAGUGAAGGAUGUUGCUGUUGCAGAAGAGAAACAACCAACGGAAGAAAAGAAAGAUCUGGAAAAUGAAAAAGUGGAUCUGAGCGUAAAGGAAGAGACCUUGCCUUUGAUGAAGGAAGAAGAAAGCAAAGACACAAAUGAAGAGGCUUUGGUGAAGGAAGAAGAAAACAAAAACACAAAUGAAGAGGCUUUGGUGAAGGAAGAAAGCAAAGACACAAAUGAAGAGGCUUUGGUGAAGGAGGAAGAAAGCAAAGACACAAAAGAAGAGACAUUGGAAAAGGAAGAAGAAACCAAAGAAACAACAGAGCAGGGAAAGACUUUGGUCAAGGAAGGAGAAACCAAAGACGCAAAUGUUUCAACUUCAACCUCCUAAAGUGAACAGAAAGGAUUUGAAAGUUGCAUUGAAAAGGAGCAACAGAGAAUUAGACAACCAGAAAAAAAGAUAAAUUGUGAUUAUAGAGGUGACACACAAAGUAUUCUGGUUGCAUUGCAAGUCCAGGGUGUUUCUAAUGCUAAUUAAGUUGGAAAUAGCUUGGAUAUAGUGUCGAGUAUGUAUGUUUAUGGUGAUAUAAUAACAAGCUUUUUAUUCAUUUUGUGCUGGUCUUCCAUUGAAUUUUCCUUUCCUUAGUCCUAUACUCUCACAAGGUUGUACAUGAUAUACUCCAGAAGAUCGUUGUUACACUAAUGAGUAUAUUAAUCAAA